AUGCAGUUGUUUCGAUUCAGAAGAUCGCAUUCUCUUCUGCAGUGUUUGACCUCGGCAAAUUUACACAGUAAGCGACGGAGUGUUAGAAACCACACGUGUGGCUCAAAGAUCAUGUCCGAACCAACCAAACUAAUCUAUCAACAAGAUGGAGACAAGCUCCUCCACCCCGCCACAAUCCUCUCCAUCAUCCCUGUCUCCGCCCUCCCAGACCCCGACCAAUCAUUCCUGAAAGACUCCCCCGACAUCGAACAUGCCAUCAUCACCGACUCCACCAUUUUCUACGUCCAAGGCGGCGGUCAGCCCUUCGACACCGGAACCAUGACCUCCGAGAUCCCCCGCAAAAACACCUCCAUCUUCGAAGUCAAAUCCGUGCGUCAGCCCGCUCACGGCAGCCAAAUUCUUCACCUCGGCCGCUUUUCCCCCGCGGGAACGCCGCCCUUCGAGAGCGGAGAAAUCGUGCAUCAACACGUCGAUGCCGAGAAACGAAAUCUGUAUUCGCGUUUCCAUACCGCGGGUCACAUUCUCAGUCUUGCUAUCCUGGCGCUCGUUCGCGAAGGCGUGCUUGCGCCGCUGACGGAGUCAAAGGCGUCGCAUUAUCCGGAUGCGGCGGCGGUGGUGUUUGGAGGGACGAUUGAGGGGAAGCAUAAGGAUGUGAUUCAGGCGAAGACGGAUGAGUUUGUGAAGUUGGCGAGACCGGUCAAGAUUCAUUGGUGGCCGAUGGAGGAGGUGAGGGAGAAGUGUAGUGGGGUGACGGAUGAUUUUGCGUUGCCGGAAGGAGAGCUCAUGGCGAGAGUGGUGGAGAUGGUGGGCUUGGGGAGUUAUCCUUGUGGGGGGACCCACGUGCAUGAUUGUAGUCAGGUGGGAAAGAUUGAGGUGAAGAAGAUUUCGCGUUCGAAGGGUAUGACGAGGGUUUCGUAUAAAGUUACAUAG